GAAGACUUGCAGAGCAAUGAGAGAGUCAUACUCUCCCCCAGAAGGGAAGCAGGUACCUGCUACCAGAUCACGCUGCGAGGUUCAGCACGGGCAUGCGCCUGCUACAAUUAGCCUGCAUCUCCCCCCCCCCCUCUGUGGUGAACCCAAGUGACUACGACUGACAUAAACUAAGUUACGACCAGGGUAUCUCCUCUAUUACCCUCCUCCUGGACAAUCACCGUACACAAUUUGGCCGGUACAGUCAACCCAUCUAUACACACUCCGAUCCGCCCCUCCCCUCCUCCUCUUUCGUCUCGGUCGGCAGAUCGUGAUCUUCAUUUUCGAUCUUCUCUUUCCACCCUUCGAUUCUCUUCUCCCCAUUUAUCGUCAUUUUUAUCAUUGUACUUUCUCAUCUUCACCUUUUCAUCCCAUCUUUAUCGUUCACUGUUAUUGUUCCCCGCCUCCCAUAUUCCUCACCCACCUUCUCUACUACACACCGCCUCUUCACGAUGGCUCGAUACGCCCAGUACGAUUUCUACCAACAAUCCCCCUCAACACUUGACGUGCCUCCGUCCGAAGAAGAUGAAAUGAGUGUUCUCGACGAUAAAAUCCUCGACUCUACCUCCCCAGGUCUCUCCGACCCCCGCCGCCCCUCCUACGACACGGAUGCCGCCUUUUCACAUCGCAACUCCGUUUGGUCCAACUACUCUCAUGCCAGUUCCGACCAGUCCCAGUCCCGACCAGCCCAUCUCUCCCACUCCGUCCUCGACUCAACGGGCGCCCAGUUCAUGACCGUCGACGGUCCCCAGUCUUACGUACAGCCCCAGCCCUCAUCGUGGUCCCUCUCCCGCACCGCCUCCGGCUCAUGCACCCCAACCGCGUACGACCAGUACCCCUCCAAGGCAGAGCAAAAUAAUGCCUCGGGUCCGUUCUCUGGUGGUGCCGUCGGUCCGGUGGGUGUGAUCCCGAUGGGCCCGGUUUCAUAUCGCGGCGCGGUGAAUUUUGCCGCACCGCCUGGAACGGGCGGGGUGGCCAUGUCCCCGCAAUCGAGUCAGGGCUGGAUGCCCGCGCCCAUGGAUUUGGUGGAUGCGGCGGCCGCCAAGAGCAGUUCGUAUCGGAAUGGGUCGCCGUUGACGCUGCGGCGGGAUGGGAUCCGCAAGAAGAAUGCGAGAUUUGAGAUUCCUGCGGAGCGCACGUUGAGUAAUAUCGACCAGUUGAUUAGCCAGUCGACAAAUGAGGAGGAGGUGAAGGAGUUGAAGCAGCAAAAGCGAUUGUUGAGGAAUCGACAGGCAGCUCUUGACUCGCGCCAACGCAAAAAACUGCAUACGGAGAAACUCGAAGAGGAGAAGAAACACUAUACCCAUACCAUUACUCAACUCGAGGAUAUAGUCUCCAGCCUGCAGAAGCGGGAAGCCGAGUUGAUGCGCGAGAAGAGCGAGUGGAUCGCUCAGCAUCAGCAGAUCACCGCCUACCUCGAGAACAUGCACAUGGAGAAGGAUGAAAUGAUCCGGGCGCAUACCCUGGAGACAGCCGAGCUGCGCAAGAAGAACAAUCUCUUGCUUGAGACGGUUGAGAAACUCGAGCACGGCGGCAAGCCUACCAUGGCCGAUCAAGCUCAAGCCCAUGCCCACGUCCAAGCUACCGAUUUCACCGGCUUUGAAAACCUGUCCAUGGAUACCACGCCUUGGGACGAGUUUAGCAUGGCAAAUGGUCUUCCCCUGCCGGAUACCAUUCCUACUUCUCACGGUCAUCCCCAUGCCCACGCCCAUGCUAAGCCGCACUCGCAGUCACAGCCUCUCCAGGUCACCGAGCGUGCAACCGACAAGCCCGCCUCGGACUACCCCUUCAGCUGGAACGCCUUCUACAUGUGCCUCCUCUUCGGGGCCUUCAUUGCCUCCAACGCCAACACCAACCUCGCCGGCCGCUCUCUUCCCCAACUCUCGGAAGAGUACCGUGCCGAGUCUGCCAACGUCCUCAAAGCGGUCCUCGCUUCCUCCCCAUCAGAUCUCCCCCACCCCUCCGCCCUCGCAGUCUCCGCAUCUGCACCCCAGCCUUCCAUCACCAUCGACAUGAACCAGAUGGGUCACUCGCACACACGUCCCUCCACGCUGGACGAGUUACAUGAUACACUCCUCCUGCCCAGCGAGGAACAACAGCGUGCGCAGGUCUUCGCCCUCAAUGCGGAUCAGUAUAACUCGCUGACCACCUUUGAGGAUGAUGGUGCGUCGUUCAAGCCUCAGCCGUCGAAUCUGCAGGCUGCGUUGGCAGCUAUGCGGAAUAAUGCGGCCCAGCAUCGUGUGCAUACUGGCGAGGACGUGUACUCGCGCAGCUUGAUGUGGGAGCGCGUGCCGGAGAAGGUGAUUCGUGACUUCCGCCGUAUGGUGCAGGAGUAUGGUGGUGGUCCUGUCAAGGAGAUGAUGACCUUUUAAAUCUCGAGGGAUUAUAGCAUGGCCUUGGAACCCUGAGAAUUUGGAUAACUCAGGGCUCUCUUAUGACUAAUGCUUAACCCCCUUCACUAGAGGUUACUCGUCAUGUUUCUCGGUCCUAGCCUGACAUCUCCGUUCUCUACUCCUCGCUCGUGACGCUUCGUCGGACCUUUCCGACUUUUUCAUUACGACAGGAACCAGCAAUGGUUCUCAAUUACGCUUGGCCAAUCCCGAAUAGAAAACCAGCGCCCCUAAGGAGCCUACCCGCCCUUUUUUUUUCCUUUGUACUCUGAUAUGAUUUCUCUAUGAUUUGUUUUCAACACAAUCCCUUUCAUGUGUUUAGCGAAUAGCGAUUUGUUUUUGUUUUUUUUGCUUUUGACCUUUUCGACUCUUCUCACCAUGCCUGUUCUACCAUUCUUCUGUGUUUUUUGUGUUCUUUGUGUUUUUCGUUUUCCAGCGUUGUGUUUAGCGUGGCAGGAGCGGCUUUUCCUUUUGUUUUCUUUUUGGGGCUUGCGGUCAUCACUAUCAUACGGAAAUCCCCUUGGGCGGUGGCAUUGGAUACGAGAAACGAAACGAAAUGUGAACUUGAACAUGUUCGAGCCUUGAAUUCUUCUUUGGUCUGGUUAUUUUGAAAUCUGGGAUUCGGUUUUUUGGGUUUGGGAUUGUGUACAGACAGAUUAUUUGCGUCACUGAUGAUGUGAUAUGAACAUGGUUCAUGUGUUACGAAUUUAUGAAGAUUCGAUCCGCCUUUUUGACGCGAUCAUGCUGUUUCUGGUUUUGAUCAUUCUUUUCUUUGCUUAUUUCUUCUAUUUGCGUGUCCCUUGUUGGACUUUUGGGCGGUCACUCUCCGAGGUUAUGGUGGGGAAUUCUUUUGGAUGGUUCUUUGGGUCUACUCUAUUUUAACAUUGUCUUUUUUUUUGUCUUCUCCUCGGAUUUGAUCUUUCUCUUUGGCGGUCGACUCGAUAGUCAUCUCUUCCUGGACUCGGGGUUCUCUUUUCUUUCCGUCCUUUGGCCUUUUCGCACAGCAUAUUGUUACUACACGCCCGUGGGAUCGGCGGCGACGCCUUGGAUGAAUGUUACGAAGAUACGAUAUGACCAUACAAUUAUGAUAUUCGCGAGAUGUGAUGAUUUGGACGUGGAUGAAUACAAUCAUAACCAUCACUAUGACUAUUAGGACUAGUGCUAUCCCGCUUACCUUCUGACGGAGUUCGCCUUGAGCCAUU